AUGGCAGAAAAGCAAAAAUUUGACAGAACGAAACCUCACUUAAACAUUGGAACCAUUGGUCAUGUUGACCAUGGCAAAACAACUUUGUCAGCCGCAAUUACCUCGAUACUUGCUAAGCAAAAUAAAGCAAAAAAAAAAAGUUACGAAGACAUUGAUAAAGCUCCGGAAGAAAAAAAACGGGGAAUAACUAUUAGUGCUACCCAUGUUGAAUUUGAAACUGAUAAGAGACAUUACGCGUUAAUCGACUGCCCGGGACAUGCUGACUAUAUUAAAAAUAUGAUUACUGGUGCCGCUCAAAUGGAUGGAGCAAUUUUAGUUCUUUCCGCCCAAGAUGGAACCAUGGAACAAACUAAGGAGCAUUUACUUUUAGCUCAACAGGUCGGAGUUAAGCACUUGGUAGUUUUUAUUAAUAAAGUAGACGUUAUUCAAGAUUUAGAACAAAUAGAAUUAGUGAAGGAGGAAAUUAAGGAAGAGUUGAAACUCCGCGGUUAUGAUAGUGAAAAUACUCCUAUUAUCGGUGGUUCGGCACUUUGUGCGUUGGAAGACAGACAACCAGAAUUAGGAGAAAAAGCUAUUUUGGAAUUAUUGGAGGCGAUUGACAACCAUAUUCCUAUUCCACCCCGCGACGAAACUAAGCCUUUUUUAAUGUAUAUUGAAGAUUCCUUUACUAUUAGCGGUCAAGGAACAGUUGCUACUGGUAAAGUUCGUCAAGGAAAAUUAAAAGUAGGUGAUGAAGUAGAAAUAGUUGGCUUCGGAGCAAAAAAAAAAGCAGUAGUAAAAGGUAUUGAAAUGUUCCAUAAACAAUUAGACGAAACUAAGCCCGGUGAUGAUGUUGGCAUUAAUUUGAGAGGUGUUGAACGUAGUGAAAUAUUGCGAGGGCAAGUUUUAGCGGCUCCCGGAAGUAUUACUCCUCAUAAAAAAUUUGAGGCUGCUGCCUAUAUUUUAAGUAAAGAUGAAAGAGGUCGUCAUACUGAGUUUAAAAGUGGUUAUCGUCCCCAAUUUUAUAUUUAUACGGCUGAUAUUACGGGAACUAUUGAAUUGCCCGAAAAUGCACCACAUGUCGAACCGGGAAACACUGUUGCUUUUGCCGUAGAGUUGAUUAAUGAUGUGGCUCUGGAAGUGGGCGACACCUUUUCUAUUCGGGAAGGAGCACAUACUAUCGGUAGAGGAACUAUUACUAAGAUUACUGAUCCCGAAGUAGAAACUGAGGAACGUAAUUUUAAUAAACUAAACAUGCCACCCCAUCAUCCGGCUCGGGAUAUGCAAGAUACUUUUUAUCUGAAUAAUAACUUGCUGCUUCGCACUCAUACUUCGAACACACAAGUUAGAGCCAUGGAAGAUAAUCCUAAUCAAGAGUUAAAAGUUAUUGCGGCCGGCAAAGUUUAUCGCCGGGAUGAAGACGAUGCUACUCACACACACCAAUUUACCCAGUUAGAAGGAUUUAUGAUUGGUCGGAAUAUUUCUUUUUCUCACUUAAAAAGCACCUUGAAAUUAGUUUUAAAAGAAUUGUUUGGCGAAAAUCAUCCCAUUCGUUUCCGUCCUUCUUAUUUUCCUUUUACCGAACCAAGUAUGGAAGUGGACGCUCAAUUAUUAAAGAAUUGUGGCUUUGAGGAACAAAAGUUUACUGGUUUUGCUUUUGGAUUGGGAGUAGAACGUUUAUUAAUGAUUAAAUAUGGCGUCGAAGACAUUCGUCAUUUUCAUUUAAACGAUAUUAGGUUCUUACGUCAAUUUAGAGGAUUAUAA